UCCCUAUUGCAAUAGGCUAUAAAUUGAGGGAUCUGGAGGGGCUGGCCUCUCUGCUGGUUAGCAAUGGAUGUAGCUGCAAGCUAAAAGUAGUGUACACUGUGCUGCAGAUAAGGGAUAGAAGACUGUUUAUACUGUUCAACUAUCAGCAGCGAUGAUAUCUACCAUGGCGUAUGAUUGUGGAAUUAUUCAGAAACUGGACUUUUCAAGCAGUGAUGAAGAGGGUGAUGGCAAAGACUAUGUUCAGGCGUCUCCUGGCAUAGAGAACCCUAGUGAUGCCAUGGCAUGGAGGACAGGGGACAAUAUGUUCCCAGUUACUCCCCAACGUAAUGAGAGAGGAGUGUCUCCUUCAGGUGCCUAUUUGGAUGGAAGCCCUGGCAGUGAUGGCUCUCCCCUAGCCAAGAUUGACUCUGAUGGAGAUUGUCCUGGCACCCCCCUACAUUACCACACAUGGAACAAGCUGAAGCUUUGUGACACUCCCUUUACCCCAAAGAGUUUGCUAUACAAUAACCUACCCUCACCCAGCUCCAAGGUGCCCUGUCCCCGGCAGAGGAUGAUGAGGUUCAUGGCUGGAACAAGUGCAGAGCUGGAUGACCCUGCUCUUGUCAAUGUUAAUCCGUUCACCCCUGAAACCUAUCGUCAAAUGCAGCUCAAUGGCAAGAGGAAAGCAGAAUCCAGCAGCAAUGAUCCACCACCAAAACACAGGGAGAGGGAGCAUUCAGCACCUGUGUUCUCUCAGAGGCUUAUUUUACGUGAAACAAACAUGGUGUCCAGGUACAAAAAAGAAUUCUUGGAGAUUGAGAGGAUUGGAUCGGGUGAGUUUGGAGCAGUCUUCAAGUGUGUGAAGCGGUUGGAUGGCUGUGUCUACGCCAUAAAGCGCUCCAAGAAGCCAUUAGCUGGCUCCACUAAUGAGCAGCUGGCAAUGCGGGAGGUCUAUGCCCAUGCGGUGUUGGGUCACCACCCACAUGUUGUUCGCUAUUACUCUGCCUGGGCUGAGGAUGACCACAUGAUCAUCCAAAAUGAGUACUGCAACGGUGGAAGUCUUCAGGACCACAUCGUGGAGAACACCAAGUCUGGCCAGCUGGUGAUGGAGCAGGAGCUGAAGGAGAUUCUUCUACAAGUGUCCAUGGGGUUGAAAUACAUCCACAGCUCCGGUCUGGUGCACAUGGACAUCAAGCCAAGCAAUAUCUUCAUCUGUCGGAAGAUGACAGAGGCAGGACAAGAAGACAGCGAUGGAGAAGAUGAGCAUUCCUCUGCCAGUAUCCUGUAUAAAAUAGGUGACCUUGGUCAUGUGACAUCCACCAACAAUCCACAAGUUGAAGAAGGGGACAGCAGAUUCCUGGCAAAUGAAAUUCUACAAGAGGAUUACAGCCAGCUCCCCAAGGCUGACCUUUUUGCUCUUGGACUCACCAUUACCGUAGCUGCUGGCGCAGGCACUCUUCCAUGCAAUGACGACAAUUGGCAUUACAUCAGAAAAGGCAACUUGCCAGAUAUUCCCCAGUCCCUCUCACCUGCCUUCCAUGACCUGCUUAAGCAACUGAUUCAUCAAAAUCCAGGGUUGAGACCAUCUGCUGCUGCCUUGGUGAAGCACUCGGUCCUGAGACGAUCUGUUGGGAAGGCAGCACAGCUCCAGAAACAAUUGAAUGUAGAGAAAUUUAAGACAGCCAUGCUGGAGAGGGAACUGAAAGCUGCAAAACUUGCCCAGAAUUCUGGGAAGGAUGAAUGCACGGAUCUACCCUCUCAAUCCGAUAUCUUCUGCCGGGGUAGAAAACGCUUGGUGGGGGGUAAAAACACUCGUUCCCUAAGUUUUACCUGUGGUGGUUACUAGUAGCAAUUCACAGUGACCUGUAUCUUCCAGCUGCCAAAGAGCAAGUCCUCAAUGCCUACAUCUUGGAGCUUACAGUUUUUCGGUGACUGGAGGACCACUGCUGCAAAACUUUUGCAUCCAAGAGCUAAUGUGAUCUCAGUCCAAAUAUUUAAAGAUGGCUUCUGAUGGCCCAAACUUGCAUACAGAUUGAACGUCCUAACAGCCUUGUGCUAUCUGCCCUUUUCCUGUCAUGGUAUUUCUGAUCAGCUUAUGUUUGUUGCUUUUGUCCUGUAUACAUUGUAUAAAAGUUGGCUUCUGGGCUACACAAAUCACUUUAAGGAUCUGACUUUAUUUUUUUACAUAAUUUUAUUUCAAUGUACUUUUUUUUUAAGUUAUAUUUUAAAUAAAAUUUUAAGUCUGAA